AUGAGCCACCUCACCUUGUGUCAUCCUGUCUACAAAGGGUCCCGGACCAACGUCAUCGACGGCUGCGCCUUCCAGUCGUACGUGUCCCCCGCGGCUGUCUUACUUCACGGAUGGAUGGACCUAACUGUCACCAAACACAUGCCUCUGUCAACGGUCGAAGACCAUACCAUUCGCAAGUACAUUCAACCUCGCCCCAACGUCGACACCGUGUAG